AUGCCCACCUAUCCGAACGACAGCACCAUGAGCUCGACCGUUUUCUUGCGCCGUAUCACGAUACUGUCGUUUGUACCGGCUUUCUUAAUCCUUCUCAUCCACGGAGUUAGCAGCAGCUGGGCAUUUCCGGCCCUUGGAAUAUUACCGCUCGCGGUCUCGGCCGUGUUGGGCGCCUUGCUUCUCCAUCGUGACCGCGUGGCAGCUCUCGGGUCACCAAUCCAGGCAUUGUCGCCAGAAAACAUUUUCUAUGCUGAUACAACCCUUGCUGUUUGGUAUUUUGCUUUCCUGAUUCCGACCUGGGUGUUCCUGGGCAGGCCUUCGGAUGAAGAGUUGAUUAUUCUGGGCACGUAUGGCUCGGUAUUCCUCAUGGUGAACUUGGGCAUACAUUUCUACUUCGCAGCCGCCGAGGCUUUACACAUUAUCACCACGAAUCGGAGCCCGUUCCAGUCACUGGCGGCUGAAUAUACGCCUCUCAACGAGGAGUACAGGGACGAUCUUGCCGACAUCGAGGAGGGAAACGCGGGGCCGGUCUAG